UCUAAUGUGCGGUGCAGGCGCCGGGAAGGUGUCGGAGGGCGCGGGCGGCCGGAGAUGCCCAACCAGAGAGAUGUGCACACGGUGGAGUCACAAUAAGGCACACAUGCAGGCUCCGCCCAUGGACUUCUCCUUCCGAGGGAUCAGCUUCAUGCAAGACCUGCUGACAGAGGAGCCGCGCCCCGGCUUAAAGCCCAUCAAGCAGACGCAAGAAGGCCGGCUGCUGACCCAAGCCAUCCGUCUCAAUAACAACACCCUCAACGACCUCACCGAGUUCACAGACAUCAUGAAGCAGCUGUUGGAGCGUCCAGAAGAUAUCUACUGGAUCGACCUCUCCUUCAACGACCUGCCCAGCAUUGACCCGGUGCUGACCACCUACUACAACCUCCGCACCCUCAACCUCCAUGGAAACAGCAUCCACAACCUAUCAGAAGUUGACAAACUGGCCGUGCUUCCCCACCUGCGCAGCCUCACGCUCCACGGCAACCCCAUCGAAGAGGAGAAGGGCUACAGCAGCUUGGAUUCCCAUGCCCUGCCCCCACCUUCCCAGCCCUCGGAAAGUAGUAGACUCGUCUUGCUUGACCAGCACCGUUGUGUCCAAGCACAGUGGAGACUUGCCAGGUUGUCCAGUUUCUCCUAUGCCCAGGGCCCCACCGAAGCCACACUGCCGCUUCCUCUUCCUGUGACACCCAGCCACUGUAGGUUCACCCACACAGAGGAGCCGUGCCGGCCAGAGCUGUGGAGGAAGGGGUCCUUGCAUGGCCACGACUGCUCAUUUCCAGAGAGUUCCGCUGCAUAAAAUUCCCCCGAAGAUCCAUGCCCAUGGACACAUUUCUCUUAAUGUUGGCCGGCUGCAUCUUCAAUAAAGACUGCUGGAGCCGCGUGCGUGCUCAGACCUGGCUUCCGUUCUUGUCGUCGUCACAAGAUGCCCAGGGCUCAAGCAAACUCCGUGCCGUCCUCCGAAGUCGCACGCUUCCACCUGCACUGCUGAGGUGGGACCAGGGGAAGAGCGCGCCAGAGGAGAGGAGUUGUUACCUGCAGAUGUUUAGGUUUGGGAUCACACUGACACAAGGACAGGCCCAGCUGGGGAGGGCAACCACUCCUCCUCCAGCACCUUAGGGGGUCAGCUACAACUGCAGGCUGCUAGCUGAGACCACUAUCAUUGGCUGCCCUCCCUUUGCUUUUGGAGCCAUUCCCCAAACGGCACCACUCCCCGGUCUGUCAGGAGAGUGAGCAACGAUGGCCACCAGGCCUGGGGGCCCAGUUCUCAAAAGCGUCUCAAGAGCAAUGUGCCCACAGC